AUGUUAAAGGCAUACCAGCCGCGGACGGCAGUGGUCCCAGGGAUGUCCGUUAUGGACGCCUACGCUCAAGUUGCCCAAAUGCAGAUGGCAGCAGCCGCUGCUGCUUUGGCCGGCGCACCCAACGUUCAAUCUGCACCCCAUAUGGCCCGAAAACGAACCAGCAGCGAUGGGAACGCCACGGCAAUGCAGAUGCCAUAUGGAGCAUCUCCGUAUUUGUGGACAACUCAAAUGUAUGAUCCGAUGACUACAGCAAUCGCUGCAGACCCCGGCGCUGUUGCGGCCCAUUUCCAGGCCCAACAGGCUGCGGCGGCCGCACAGUACAUGUAUGCACCGAUGAUAAUGCCGGGGAUGAACAUACCACAUGGAGCGAUCUCUGAACAGCAUGUGAACGGAGAGCAUUCGUAUCUUCAUCAUGGCGAAGCCCCGCUUUCUCCGCAUAAAAAGGCCAAAACGGGAGGCAAAGCAUUUUCUAAGGACGCAAACAAUGCAAACGGAUCCGGUCAAAAUGGCCGAGGCAAAUAUUCUCUGCGGCAAAGACUGAAGUUAAGGGUUCAGCAACGAGAAGAAUUAGAAGGUCUUUUGAAACAAGGAGGCAGAAGCAGGUCUCCUAAGAACAGUCCCAUGUCGGCAGAUGGCAGGCAUCCUCAUGGAGGCCACAAUGAUUUGUCACUCACUCCCGAAAACCGUGCGGCUCUUCGCACCAACAUCCAGAAACGGCUAAAGCUUCGUAUGCUUGUGAAAGGCACCUUGUCCCCGGAAGAAGCGAAUCUUUCACCAGAAGACAUACAAGAGAUUAGUUCACAAAUACCCCUCCCAGGGUCUUUCGACCCAGUUGUCGCUGCUGCAUCCGUUCAACAACAUCAACAGCACCGGCAGCAGCAACAGCAACAGCAACAGCAGCAACAACAGCAUCAACUCGCUCAGCUGCAGAUGUUGCAACAAUCUGCCAUGUAUGCGCAGGGCAUGAUGCCCUACACGGUCCCAUACGGUUAUCAAGUUGUCUAUCCUUAUAGCGGAAUGCCAAUGCCACUCCCGGCAAUGCAAAAUCAGAUGAGUGAAGGUCAAGUACCUAUGGGUCAUAUGCAAAUCUAUGCCCACCAUCAAGAACAACAUCAUUCGAUACAGAAUGACCAGCCUAAUUCACACGAAAACUCCAGCUCAGCGCCGACUCAUUCCCAAGAGGCGUCCCCAGAUCACCCUCACUCUCUAAGUCAAGAUGUCACCAUGACUGACGCCCCGCAAGACCACGAUCAGGAUACCACAGUUGUCCCAGCAUAUUACCCAACUGCCGAUCGUCGGUUCUCGUGGACGCUGCCGUUUCCGGGUGAUACUCGACGGUUCUCAUUUUCUCUGCUUUCCAACCAACUUUUCCCUUUCCCUUCUCACGGUUUUGUCAUCUCUCCUUCCAAUUUUGAAGAAGAAAAGCAGGAGGGUGAGCGAGCACCCGCUGGCCGAGGCGAACAAGAAAACGACCAACGAAUAUCCGACUCGGCGGACGCUGGUACACCACUCAAUAUGCCAACGCUUACCCUACCCGCAAACGCUGCAUCACCUACCAUUUCACCCACCUCUCCACCACCCUCUUCGUCACCCGUUCACUCUCCGACCAAUGUCGACAGCAAUAACAAUGCUGGCCACCAGAAACCGAAUUCACCAAAACCAAAUGACACAGAUUUUUCAAAGUCCAAGGGUACAAGCCCUCAGGCGGCAGAACCUCUUGUUUCACCGGCGCCGGCAGGUCCGUUCGUCGGUGCUCCAGCGUGGUGGGGCUGGCAGUCGUUCACCUUACCAGCAGAUGCCUUGUUGCCGAAUGGACCACCAGAGUGAGGAUUUUGUAGGUCGGCCAUUAAGCGAUGAUGAUAAUCGAGAAAAUUCUGAGUGCGGGAAAUGCAAUAAACUCUUUAUCUUGUUAAGUAGUGUACGGCCUGCUGCAGGUCCUUUUCUGAUGUUUGUUGUUGGGAAGAGCUUAGUUGUAAUCAAUGUUCAUGUUAUUCCUCAUAUGUGCGGGUUCUGAGGAGGUUUUUUGGCUCCAUUUCUAAUAUGUAGCAUUAUUCUACCGGGGAAAAAUUACAGAAUAUACGCAUGAGGUAAUUAAGAUAAACAUAUAAAUAGGAGAUCUACAGUAAUAUUGAUCUUGAAAUCGC